AUGAGUAUCUCAACAUAUAUCGAUAAUAAUUUUACAUUACUCGAAGCAUUACCCAAUGAAAUUUUUCUCGAAAUUUUUCAGUAUCUAAAUGGUGUAGAUACUAUCUAUGCUUUUUCACAAUUAAACAAUCGUUUUCAACAUUUACUUAUCAAAUAUGUUAAGACAUUUGAUUUUAAAUCUAUAACUAAAGUUAAAUUUGAUUUUGUUACUCAACAUCAUGAUAUUCAUCGAUGGAGAUCAUUACGUCUUUCUGAAGAUAUUGAAACACCAGGACAAAUUGGACUCUUUUGUCAAUUAUUUCCACUUCCUAAAUAUAUAUCACAAAUACAAUCACUUUCCAUUUUAAAUAUGAAACCUAAAUUUGCAAAAACAGUUCUAUCACAACUUAUAUCAUUUGAUUAUCUUAUUUCAUUAACAGUUACAACAAUAUGUGGAGAAAAUAUUCAACCAUUUAAAUUAUCAUCAUUAAAACAACUUGUAUUUACUGGAUGUAAACAUAAUAAUUGGAUAAAAGUAUGU